UGCCCGGGUAGCCCGUGGUAACACCUAGUCUGCGGAAGUGGAGAAGAGCUGGCAGGCGGCUGAGACAGGGGACUGAAAGUUGUGGAACCCUAAUUUGUGACAUCAGGUGUUUUUUGGUAAGCAGCCAUUUAUGACUCUGGAAGAUUGGGACUGACAGGAAGCCCCUUCUGAGAUUUUAACAAAGUUCUCGAACAACACCUAUACCAUGGACAUAAAGCUGGAUCCUUCCCGAGAUGACCUGCCUCUCAUGGCCAACACCAGCCACAUACUUGUGAAGCACUAUGUACUGGAUUUAGAUGUGGAUUUCGAAAGUCAAAUCAUUGAGGGCACCAUAGUGCUUUUCUUCGAGUCUGGAAAUAAAUUCAAGAAACAGAGUAGUUCCACCGAGGAAACCUACCCAUCAGAGUCAAACGAAGCCUGCAAAUUUAGGACAGCUGAACCCUGCCAUAUUCCUGUGACAAAUACAAGGACCGUCUCAUCUAAAAUGGGAUAUAAUGAUUUUGUAAUCUGUGGUAAAGGUGAAAAAGAUACUUCUGGUAAAGAUGGUAACCAUGACAACCAGGAACAGGCUUCUGGGAUUUCUAGCUCAAAGUACUGCUGUGACACAGGGAAUCAUGGGAGUGAGGAUUUUUUGCUAGUGUUGGACUGCUGUGAUUUAUCUGUGUUAAAGGUUGAGGAGGUGGAUGUUGCUGCUGUGCCAGGUAUUGAAAAAUUUACAAGGUCUCCCAAGCUCAGGAAUCAGAUUGUACGUGAACUCGUGGCUCUGCCUGCAGAUCGUUGGAGGGAGCAGUUAGACUAUUACGCUCGCUGCAGCCAGGCUCCUGGUUGUGGGGAACUCCUGUUUGACAUUGACACUUGGAGCUUACAGAUCAGGAAGACAGGGGCUCAGACAGCUACUGACUUUCCUCAUGCCAUAAGGAUACGGUACACAACCAAACCCCAGGGGCGAUCAGUUACAUGGACCUCAGACCAGAGUGGCAGGCCAUGUGUUUAUACUAUGGGAUCGCCCAUAAACAACAGGGCCCUUUUUCCAUGCCAGGAGCCACCCGUUGCCAUGUCAACAUGGCAGGCUACAGUUCGAGCAGCUGCAUCUUUUGUUGUUUUAAUGAGUGGGGAAAAUUCUGCCAAGCCAACACAGCUUCGGGAAGGAUGCUCAAGUUGGCAUUACUACGUAACCAUGCCAAUGCCAGCCUCCACCUUCACAAUUGCAGUAGGAUCCUGGACAGAAACGAAGCCAGAGAUCUGCUCAUCAAAUGAUCUGGCGACAGAGAGAUCCUUCUCACCUUUCGAGGCUGACUUCAGGUAUGUUGGUGUUUGUGGUCACAUGGAAUACCCCUGCCGCUUCCAGAAUGCUUCUGCCACCACCCAGGAGAUAAUUCCUCAUCGGGUCUUUGCUCCAGUGUGCCUGAAGGGUGCCUGCCAAGAGACCCUUCUGCCACUGAUCCCUCCCUGCCUCUCCGCAGCACACUCUGUCCUGGGAACACACCCGUUCUCCAGGCUGGAUGUACUCAUUGUCCCUGCCAACUUUCCGAGUCUGGGGAUGGCCAGCCCACACCUCGUCUUCCUCUCUCAGAGCACCUUGACUGGAAUGAGCCAGCUCUGUGGGACCCGUCUCUGCCAUGAAAUUGCUCAUGCCUGGUUUGGCCUGGCUAUCGGGGCCCGAGACUGGACGGAAGAGUGGCUCAGUGAAGGGUUCGCCACUCACUUGGAAGAUGUAUUCUGGGCCAAGGCGCAGCAGCAGCUGGCCCCCGACGAGACCCAGGAGCAGCAGGAACUGAGGGCUUGCCUGCGCUGGCGUCGCCUCCAGGACGAGGUGCGGAACUCCCCGGAGGAUAUGCAGGUGUUGAGACCCAAUAAAGAGAAAACUGGCCACGUGAGUGACUCAGGAUCAUCUGUCAUCAAACAUGGGCUCAAUCCGGAGAAGGUCUUCAUGCAGGUUCAUUAUUUAAAGGGCUAUUUCCUUCUCCGGUUCCUUGCCAAAAGACUUGGAGAUGACACCUAUUUUUCAUUUUUAAGAAAGUUUGUGCACACAUUUCAUGGGCAGCUGAUUCUUUCCCAGGAUUUCCUUCAAAUGCUGUUGGAGAGCAUCCCAGAAGAAAGAAGGCUUGAGUUGUCUGUUGAAAACAUCUUCCGAGACUGGCUGGAGACUUCCGGAAUACCACAGCCGCUGCAGAGGGAGCGCCUGGCCGGGGCGGAGUGCGGGCUCGCGCGGCAAGUGAGCGCCGAGGUCGCCAAAUGGGUCCGAGUGAACAGGAGACCCCGAAAACGGAAACGAAAGGAGACAGAAGUGUUGGAAAAGAUCAGAAGGCAGUAGUGCAGUAAAUGGAAAAUCUGAAUGUCUCACCCAAGAUCCCCAAAUGAGUCACUGAGCCUAGAGUCCUCACGUGUCAGUUGGAGUCGUCGUGACCUACAUUUGUUCCGACUCUUGUCUCCCUGUGACCUGGUCCUCCUUGUCCGCGUAGCCUUGUUAGGUGUGCCUUUCUUUUGAUCUUUGUAGAAUGAUCCAUUCUUAUGUCUCUGGAGUUUUGUCUGAUGAAAUCCAGUUGUUUUCUGCAGAGGGGUGCUAAUGUCUUGGAGAGGUGACCCUUCCUGAAGUAUGCAGACCUUGGGUGGCUUGGGCCUGGCUCCCAAGGUGGACCCCUGAUGACUGUACCACCACGUGUCAUCCUGUCAAAGGGGCUGGAUAUUCGUCUUGCCAGAGCCUUGUGGGAGUUAAGUGAGGUGUCUUAUCUAAAACAGCUGGCACUUACGAAGCGUUUAGUACAUUUUGGAGCACCUCUUCAAAUAAGAUGGUGAAAGACUGACUACCUAAUAGCAUGUGGAUAGACAUCAUUCAUUUGUUUUUUUUCCUUCUCCACAGUAGUGAGAUAGGAAAACAUUCUUAAAUUUAUUUACAGACCAAAAAAACCCCAAAAACAAAAACAAACCCCCCCCCCCCACAAACCAGCCUUGAUUUCUUCCUGUAAUUGUUCUUUGGUUUGCAGCAAAUAUAGCGGUAGUACUCAUACAAGUCUGUAUGUUUUGUGUCUAUCUUUUGACUUUAUUCAAGAAGACCGGUCCUAUUUCUCAGCGCUACUCUACUGUUUCAUUUGCAUCUCUCUUCAGUUUGUCUACUACAGUAUAGUAAAUUGUCAUUGUUCUUGUUCCAAACAGGAAGCUCUCAAAGUGCUCUUCAGGCUGUUGAUAAGAUUUCUAUUCUAGCAGAGCUCCAUUUUAAAAUCAGUCUAUAAUCAUUUUUUGUACUCAACUCAUUGUUUUUAUUUCUUUUCCCCAAACUAUUAUGAUUUGAAGUUCCUUUGAAGGCUGGUGGGGCUUAUACAGAUAUGAGCUAAUGAAUGGCACUGAGUAUUGGGCAUACCUUCUCCUCUGUUGUCAUUUUGCAGUAUGUUUCUGGUCUAAGGGGAAAACUACCUCUGUUACCUUUCACUAGGCAGGGUUGCAAUGUUCAGUUUAUUUCCUGACAAAAAGUGAAUCCUAGUACAGGUAGUUGUCUUGAAAUGAUUAUAUUCUCUAAAAUGGUUCUUGGUCAUCUUGAGUUUCUAACAUAGUUUCGAACAUAGUUUUUGGAUCUGUGGAAAUAGCAUUGUUGUGUAGUGCAGCUGCACAGAACAUCAGAAAGAACUAAAAAGUUCAGGUAACUUAAGAAAAUAAAAUCACCAGCUAGGAGCUGUCUAAAAUUCCUGGAAAAAUGAUAAAUCAAGCACCUGGAGGAGUGUGCUAGUGAAUAAAAUGUUAUGAAAGCUACUUGAAGUCCUUGACACUUGAGUGUGCUGGGCCACAAGAGUGAACAGAGGGGGCACAGCAUCUCAUGGAGAGCUCAACAACUCACGCUUCACUUCAGCGCUUUAUUUGGAAUGCUGUACAGGACUGGAGUUGUUAGACUGAGGGAAGGCCUUACUGCUUCUCUGACUCCAACCCUUGUUUUACAUGUGGGAACAUGGGGGUCCACAGUGCUGGCCUGGGACCAGGCCCGGCUCUGUCCCCCCGUGCUCUUUUCAGCUGUCUGCCAGGGCAGCUCCUCGAAGUAGGGUUGUGGAAGGGGGAACAGCUUUGGAUGCUGGGCCAGGAGAAACGUGUGCAGCUGGUCUUUAUCAUGUUCUGGGGCACGGACACCUGGGGGUGGCAGGAAGCAAGGUCUGGGAGACUCGGGCUGCCCCUCCAAGGCCACCCCUUGUGGCUUAGAAACUCGUCCAGAGUGAGGGCCUUUUCAUGGUUUAUGGAGGACUCUCCCAUCCUGGCUUGGUUAGGUGUGGACUGGGUCAGAUUUUGAAGGCUCAGGCCUUCCAAAGAGCGGGUAAGACUAGGUGGUGAGACAGGUGUCUUCAAGGGUUGGUGUGAAAUUUGCUUUUCAUAUUAAGUUAGUAAACUUUACAGGGCAUAGGUUAUUUGAGGUUUUUGUGAUGUUUGUCAUGGACCAAACAACUGUGACAUGAAAAUGUUUUUGCUGUUUUUAAUCAAACAAUAGUGUGACUAGAUAACAAGCCAUUUUAUUUUGGAAUGCAGUAAAGGUACUCUCACAAAUGCCUUUUCUUAAGUCUGUGCAGAUAUUUUUUAAUAAAUAUAUUAUAAUUUUUUCUAAAAUGCAAGGCUGCUUUCCAUGUUUGAAUAUAUUCAUACCUUGAUGUAUUGCAAAUUUAAAGUUAAGUGAAGUUUUUCUGUAAUCUUUCUGAAUUGGCUAUUUGCUUAUAGGCCAAAUGAAACCAACUCUACCCCCAAAACAGUAUUAAUAAAUGCUGAACUUGGGUUAUAAAAGGUUUAGUCCCCCAGAUCUCUCUGUACUGUUGGCAGGACAAAGUGAAUAGGAAUAUUAUGGUUUGCGGAAGAAACUGCUUGUGUGUUUUCUGCAGUACAACUGGCAGAUAGAGUCUCAAGUGGGCAGGUGAAAAGAAAAGGUAGGUACUGAGCUGCUUCAGACUUGUCGAAGGCACCCUUCCCUUUGUUUCCAUCAAAAUGAAAGCUGCUGGAGAGAAGGCACUGGAUGAUACUCCUGUAUUGCUAACCCUGGCAUACUUUGAGUCUUUAUUAGAGAUUAAGUCACUGGCAUGGUCAACAGUAGCAUUACCUAAUCGUAGAGCACCAGAUUAUCAUAAGAUGAAUCUAAAUGAUGCUGAACUAUCUUCCAUCAAAGGAUCACUGAUGUACCACUGUGCAUGUAGAGCUUGGGUGCGUGUGCAUGCAGACACACACACUUUAACCAUUUCACUGGCCUUUGACCUCUGAGCAGGGGAGGUUUUGGGCCGAGACUGUGACCACUAUCUCCCAUCUUGGAGGAAAGCUGCAGCCGCUAUUUCCAGAACUGGCGCUGUUUGCGUCUGCUUCUGCCUCUGACUCAUGCUUCCCUAGAACUGCCGUGGGCAUAAUGCAAAGUCAUUGUCAUCAUGAGCCGUCCUAGGGAGAGGCUCAGUGGAAAAAGUGAAGGUGGAGCAAACCUGGCUCCAGAACAGAAGGUGAAAGAUACGUUUUUGUUUACUUUUGCUUAACUUCACAUUCGAUUUUUUUGGGAAGUGCUAUAAUCCUGAUGAAGUUCAAGAUGAAAGAAGAGAGGAAAUCUGACUUGUUGCUACAAGACUCCUUGCUCUGAUGUUCAAAUUCUUGAACAGGACGAGGAGGAGAAGAGAGUAAAAUAACCAUAAGUGAUUGUUGUAGUUCUUGAACAUGUAUUCAUAGUUGCUCGGUUUUCAAUUUUUUUGUAUCAGACCUGUUUUGCAAUCAUACACUGUUACAGAGAAGGGGAGGGGAAUGUAUUAUAAAUAUAUUUGACCUGCAGUAUUCUUAUUACUUGUCUUUAAAGUGAUCUUCCAAUAGUCUUGGAGGGUGAGACACAUUGUUUAAAUGAGGGUUAAAAAUAAAGAAGUAUAUCUGUUGUAUUCUUG